UUCCCCCUUCCCAACUCAUUCACUCUACACUCUCCAUAUGGCCACUCUUCUUCUUCCCACGCUCCUCCUUCUCAUACCCUUCGCCACCCUCGUCUCCGCCCGCCCUCACCUCGCCGGAGACUUUCUCCGACUGCCCUCCGAAACCGAUAACGAUGACAACGUCCAGGGCACCCGCUGGGCCGUCCUCCUCGCCGGUUCCAAUGGCUACUGGAAUUACAGACAUCAGGCUGAUGUUUGUCACGCCUAUCAAAUACUAAGGAAAGGUGGCCUGAAAGAAGAAAAUAUUAUUGUUUUUAUGUAUGAUGACAUUGCAUUCAAUGGGGAAAACCCAAGGCCUGGAGUCAUCAUUAACAAACCAGAUGGAGGUGAUGUUUAUGAAGGAGUUCCAAAGGAUUACACCGGCGAAGAUGUUACUGUUGGUAACUUUUUUGCUGCUUUACUUGGAAACAAGUCGGCACUUACUGGUGGCAGUGGGAAGGUUGUGGACAGUGGACCUGAUGAUCAUAUAUUUGUAUACUAUACUGACCAUGGAGGUCCAGGGGUGCUCGGGAUGCCUGCUGGUCCUUACUUAUAUGCGGAUGAUCUGAUUGAAGUCUUGAAGAAAAAACAUGCUUCUGGAACGUAUAAAAACCUAGUAUUUUAUCUGGAGGCAUGUGAAUCUGGGAGUAUCUUUGAAGGUCUUCUUCCCGAAGAUAUCAAUAUUUAUGCAACCACAGCUUCCAAUGCAGAAGAAAGUAGUUGGGGAACAUAUUGCCCUGGGGAGUAUCCUAGUCCUCCCCCAGAAUAUUCAACCUGCUUGGGUGAUCUGUACAGUGUUGCUUGGAUGGAAGACAGUGACAGACACAAUUUACGAACAGAAACUCUGCAUCAACAAUAUAAAUUGGUUAAAGAGAGGACUAUAUCUGGAGAUUCAUACUAUGGCUCUCACGUGAUGCAGUAUGGUGAUGUACGGCUUAGCAGUGAUGUUCUCUUCCAUUAUUUGGGUACAGAUCCUGCUAAUGAUAAUUUCACUUUUGUGGACGAAAACUCCUUAUGGUCACCUUCAAAACCAGUCAACCAACGUGAUGCUGAUCUCAUCCAUUUUUGGGAUAAGUUCCGCAAAGCUCCUGAGGGUUCUCUCAGGAAAAAUGCAGCUCAGAAACAAGUUUUGGAAGCAAUGUCUCAUAGAAUGCAUGUAGACAACAGUGUAAAACUUAUUGGGAAGCUUUUAUUUGGUAUUGAAAAGGGUCCAGAAGUACUCAACGCUGUUAGACCGGCAGGAUCGGCACUUGUUGAUGAUUGGCACUGCCUUAAAACCAUGGUGAGGACUUUUGAGACACAUUGUGGAUCCUUGUCUCAGUAUGGCAUGAAACAUAUGAGGUCCUUUGCAAACAUCUGCAAUGUAGGGAUAAAGAAUGAGCAAAUGGCUGAGGCCUCUGCACAAGCUUGUGUCUCUAUUCCUUCCAAUCCUUGGAGUUCUCUGCAAAGGGGUUUCAGUGCAUAAUAAUUCCUGUAAUGUGCACCAGUAAAGACCAAAGUAUGAUUAUUGUUACAUUAUGCUAUAUGAUUGUACUUGUAUAUACAUAUUUUGUCCCGCCUUUGUAAAUACAAUUGGGACACUACUAGGAUUGGGAAGAAGGGUCUUUACAUUUUUAGUUUGGCAAAUAGAUAUUGCAACUACCUUUGUAUAAAUCUAUUUCUGAAGAAGCAAUUACAACUUUCAAGGGAUGAUAGCAUUUUGUGGCAUAAGGAUUAAGGAGGCAUAAAGGACCAAUUGCUUUGGAAUAUUCACUCAUGACAAGGCACAAGGUCAUGCGUGUAUGCCAACACAUAGUAAUGAUGUGUGUUUUUAUUCAGUAGGCAACUGGCAGAUCGGGUUUUCCCUUGUCACUUUUGUAUAAUUAUUUUGGAAGAAUUUAUGAUGUCAAAGUUAUUGUUUAAUAUUAAUGGCGACAUUGUAUUUAUUAUUUGUAAAAUAUUGGGACUCAACUAUGCUUUGGUACCUUUACAACAGAGUCAUUAGGA